AAUCAUCAAACAAAGCAGGACUUGUGGGAGCGGAAAGAAAAGCCUGCGGCGCGUUUCCACACACUUCAGCUGAUGAUGUCAUCGCGCGUAUCCUGGAGAUUCUCCCAUCAAGAAACGACAGAGAGGGGAAAGUUUAUUAAAACAACUGUGAGGGGAGGGGAGAAAAGAGUUGGAGAAGGAGAACUCCCAGGCAAAAACUUUAUCCACGCAGGAGAGGACUCUUGGAAGCUCUUUCAGCAAACUGGAUUACACUAAGAACAGUUUUCUGUGGAUUAAUGUGGCCAUAAUUCAUUGGAUUAACGAACGCAGAAGGAGCUGAAGGAGGGAGUCAUGAGGGUCAUCUGCUCCUCUCUGGUGCUUCUCACCAUCUGCUUGGGUCACGGGGGUCGACUGGCAUCAGCUGAAGGUGUCAGCUGCCCGUCCAUACAGGUAGAAGACUGGAAGUUUCCUCAAACUGCCAGACACAACAUUACAGGUUUCAAUCUGGCACACCGUUUCUCCCUGCUGAAGAACAGCGAGGUCAAGAAAAUCCGAAAUCCGAGAGGGCCUGUCAUCCUUCGGCUUGGGAAAGUCCAACUCAUCAAACCUACAGAUCAAGUGUUUCCUCAUGGACUUCCAGAGGAGUUCACCCUGGUCUUCACCAUGUUGCUGAAGAAGAAAUCUUUGAAUGAUAACAUUUACCUGUUCCAAAUCUCAGAUGAGCACGGAUAUCCUCAGUUCUCAGUAGACUGGAAUGGUCCAGAUGGCAACCUGGCCCUGCGGGCAAGAGGGUCUGACCCCGAAGGGUCCAUGGUGGGAUGCGUGUUCGGCGGUGAGGGUGUGGAAUCCCUGAAGGACAUGCGCUGGCAUAAGGUGGCUCUGAGCCUGCAGAGUAAUGCGGCCUCCUUGCACGUGGACUGCAGCUCCAUUGAGAACAAGCCUCUGGAGCUCCGUGGCCAAUUGCCCAUCAAUGGACACACGCUGUUGGGUAUGAGGGCUACUGAUGCUGCCCCUGUGGAGAUUGAUGUCCAGCAAGUGAUGGUGUAUUGUGACCCCACUCUGGCUAUCCAGGAGGCCUGCUGUGAGAUACCUGGAGCUCGGUGCCCACCAGAUGCUCCCAAGAGUCGAAGAGCUGCAGAGAACCAGGUGGAGUUUGUGCCCAGUCCCUUCUCUGAGGCAAUCCUCGGAUCCAAGGAACUGGCGGAAAAAUGUGCAGGCUGUGUACUGCUCAGUGAGGAAUCGAGUAGGGCUUAUACGGGUCAGUCAGGCUUCAAAGGAGAGAAGGGAGAGCGGGGUUUGGACUGUACUGGUGCUGGAGUUCCUGGACGAUGCUUAGAAGGUGCUAAAGGGGCGAAAGGAGAGAAGGGAGAGUCGGGUCUGGCUGCCAACUGGGGGGAAGCAAUAGGAGUAAAGGGGGACAAAGGGCAGAAAGGAGACAUCGGAGCCCCCGGAAGUCCAGGCAAAGAUGGUCGAGCUAAUCCUAUUUGUGUGGUGGGCCCUAAAGGACAAAAGGGUGUUCCUGGUUUAGUCGGUCCAGAAGGGCUUGCAGGGGAACCAGGCCGCCCAGGCCUUCCCGGACUGCCCGGGGUUGGGUUACCAGGACCACCGGGGCCCCCUGGUGGACCUCCAGGAUCUAAAGGGGAGAAAGGGAAUUCUGGAACACCUGGUGAAGAUGGAAAGCCUGGAGAACCUGGUCCGAGAGGUCCUUGGGGACCUAAAGGCGAGAAGGGAGAAUCGUGUGAGCCAUGUUCAGUGGUCUCUUCGGAGUCUGGCAACACUGUCCACAGAGCCAAGCAGGGGCCUAAAGGAGAACCAGGGGCCCCAGGCUUAGGAGAACGUGGCCCACCUGGCCCUGCAGGACUGGAUGGCAAAGCAGGAGAGAAGGGGGACCCAGGAGCUGAUGGGGCCAAAGGUGAAAAGGGUGAACCAUGUUCCGGCUGCCCUACCAAUGGAGAGAUUCCAGCAGGAAUUUUGAAUCUAAAGGGAGAGAAGGGAGAUGCAGGGCAGAAAGGAGAGCAGGGAGAACCAGGCCCAAGUGGCUUUGCCGGACUAAAAGGGGAAAAGGGGAAUGCGGGCAGCAGAGGAAAUGAGGGAAAAACGGGCAAACCUGGUCCAAGAGGGCCAAGUGGGAAAGAUGGAAAUAAAGGAGCCAAGGGUGAUUCUGGCCAGCCUGGUUUAGGGACUCCUGGUCUAAAAGGUGAAAAGGGAGACUCAUGUGGUGUGUGCCAAACCACUGUCUCUGAGGUGGGAAGUGGCCCAUCUACGAUAAAGGUCGCAGGGGAACAAGGCCCUCCAGGACCUCCAGGCCCACCAGGAGAAGGAGUUGAGGGCAAACAGGGGCCACCAGGUCUUCAAGGUUUCAAAGGAGAGAAAGGUGAUCAGGGUUUACAGGGAGACCCAGGUGUGUCUGGGACACCUGGAGCCCCAGGACUUCAAGGAGAGCCAGGCAGGAACGGCCUUAAUGGACUAAAAGGAGAAAAGGGAGAUGCAUGUGACAGCUGUCCAUCACUCCCUGAAGGAAAUGGCAAUUCUGGCUUACCAGGACCCAAGGGAGAGAGAGGAGAGCCAGGUUUGCCAGGCGAGGGCAGAGGAGGGAAACAGGGACGACCAGGCCCACCUGGUGUCCAGGGACCUCCAGGGCUCAAAGGAAGUCAGGGUGAUGCUGGGCCUGCAGGCAUUGGCCUUCCAGGACUGCAGGGUGAGCAGGGACCUAGAGGUUUUCCUGGAGUUGCUGGUCCAGAAGGACGUCAAGGACCCGCAGGGCCAAUUGGACCAGCAGGACAAAGGGGUUCAAAAGGAGAGAUGGGACCACCAGGGCCACAAGGACCAAUGGGAAUGGGACAAAUCGGACCUCCGGGUAGGGAUGGUACGACAGGAUCGCCUGGAAUACCAGGGCAGGAUGGGAGUCCUGGAGUCACUGGGCCUAAGGGUGACAAGGGUGAACCAGGAGAGUGCAACUGUUUGCAAUAUACGUCCCCUGGAACUGGCGGACCUGGGGUCCCAGGUGGUGAGAGCAGGUGGCAGCCCGGUCCACAGGGUCCUCCUGGACCACCAGGCCCUCCAGGUCCUCCAGGACCCCAGGGCUUCAUAGGAAUCCCAGGCCCACAGGGUAUCCCUGGCAACGAUGGCGUACCAGGGAAACCGGGUCCCCCCGGCCAAGCACCUCCUGUUCUUCUGCCUCAGGAUUCAGCUUCCACAGGCAAGGAGGGCUGUGGCGAAUGCUCCAAGGGCCUACCAGGUGUGCCCGGCAUGGUGGGCUCUAAGGGCGAGAAGGGAGAUCAGGGCAAGCCUGGCGCUGUGCCCUUAGAAGGAUGUGAACGGUGUUUUCAGUCGGUGCAGAGAGAGGAAACACCAAGUGGGCCUACGGGUAACAGCGGUCAGUGUGUUGGUGCACCAGGGAUUCCCGGAUACCCAGGAACCCCAGGAGCCAAAGGAGAACCGGGUCCCAGAGGUGAGCGAGGACCCCCUGGUCUUGUUGGAGCCCCGGGCAAUAUUGGUUUCCCUGGUGCGCAAGGACCCCCUGGCCUGACUGGUCAACAAGGUCAGAGAGGCACAGAUGGACUUCCAGGACAGAAAGGUGAACAGGGUUCAGCAGGAAAUCCUGGCUAUCCUGGAACUAUGGGACCACCUGGACUCCCUGGACUUAAAGGAGAGCGUGGCAAUCCAGGCACUGUGGGACAGAAAGGAGAAUCAGGCCCACCGGGAUCUCCGGGUUAUCAAGGACCGGUUGGACCAGCAGGUCCUAAAGGGGAAGGUGGAACGUUGGGACCCGUUGGACCAAAGGGAGAUCAGGGCUUCCAAGGAACCCAAGGAUUCCCAGGACAACCGGGUCCUCCAGGUUUUCCGGGAAAAGCAGGUCCUCCGGGCCCACCAGGACCACAGGCUGAGAAAGGUACUGCUGGAGUUCAGGGCUCACAGGGACCCACAGGUCCCCCAGGAUCACCCGGAUCCCCAGGCAUGCCUGGACCACCUGGAAUGGAAGGACUAGAUGGCAAAGAUGGAAAACCAGGUUUAAGGGGUGAACCAGGACCAGCUGGCCCUGUCGGACCCAGGGGAAUACCGGGUUUCAAGGGCAUCAAAGGGCACACAGGUCUCCCAGGAAUGAAAGGAGAUAGAGGACCUCAGGGACCAGCUGGAGCAACAGGAAGGCCUGGUCUAGAGGGUGAUCCUGGUUCUCCUGGACCUCAAGGACCACCUGGAGCUCCAGGACAUAUGGGUGCUGCCGGAUCUUCAGGGCCACCGGGACCAGUUGGGGCACCUGGAGUGGGCAUUAAGGGAGAAAAGGGUGAGGCGGGAGAGAGAGGACAGGCUGGAUUACCUGGCCCACCAGGGAUGCCAGGUCAUCCAGGGCAGAUGGGUGAACCAGGAAGUGAUGGAGCGGCGGGUAAAGACGGAGCCCCAGGCCUGCCAGGAGAACCCGGUCUUCAGGGACCGAAGGGUGAAUCAGGGGCCGCAGGGCAAAGGGGACCUCCGGGAGAGCGUGGACGUCCUGGCCCACCAGGCGGAGGCGGAGGCUUUGCUUUUGGCUCCAAAGGACCAGAAGGGAUCAUAGGACCAGCCGGACCCCGUGGCGAAAGAGGAAGCCCCGGUUCACCUGGACCAGCUGGUACCCCCGGAACACCAGGAAUCCCAGGGAAUGAUGCUGUUGUAAACUAUGAUGAAUUAAAAUCCUUCAUCAGACAGCAGGUCAUAAAGAUCUUUGACGAGCGCAUGGGCUACUACAUGUCACGAAUGCAGAUGCCUGUGGAGAUGGUUUCAUCCCCUGGCCGACCAGGACCCCCAGGGAAAGAUGGAAAUCCAGGUAUCCAAGGUCCCCCGGGGAUGCCAGGCCGCCCUGGGCAGAUCGGCCGUGAAGGAAGGCAGGGACCCAUGGGUCCACCUGGUACCCCUGGUGUAAAGGGAGAGAAAGGAGAUAAGGGUAUGGGAGAGAUGGGAGACAGUGGCCCUCCGGGUGCUCCAGGUGUUCCUGGUCCUCCUGGUUAUGGUAAGAUGGGACCACCAGGUCCUUCAGGUCAGCAGGGCAUCCCCGGAAUUCCUGGACCUCCAGGACCCUCUGGACAGAAGGGAAAAGAUGGCCGUUGUCACCCGUCAGACUGCAUGAGUAUGCCUGUGGAGUACAAUCCCAAGGGCCCGUCUCCCAAAGGUCCCAUGUACUAGAAGAUGGUUUAAGAGAAAUAAAAGAUGGAGGAUGGUACCCCAAGAUUGACAUUCUCACAAUUACCUACCUGUACCUGCUAAGGCUUCUGAGAAGAUCCAUGGAGAACCAAAGGAUUAAUGUGCAUUUCCUUUCCACAUGAUGCAAUGCCAAAACACUGGUUCACCACGAAUGGGGGACAUUUGUAAGUUAUUGUCUGCUGUUGAACCAGUGAAGACAUCCCAAACUCGAGUGCCUUAACCCCUGGAAACUGUCCCAUAAUGCCACGCUUGCAUCAUAAACUGUUUUUAUGCUUUAUUAUUACAGUAAAUAAUAAGACUUUUAGUUCCCUGGA